UGGUUGACGGAAGCCGGAGGGGGGCGCCACUUGGACUUCACACUCACGCCACAGGACCGGCGAACCGUGAUUGUGGCAUGGCGACCUGAGCCACUGGCUGCCCGGACUCCUCAACUUGGGGAGUGACUCGCGAGAUGCCUACAACUUUUAACACGCUGCCUGGCAAAAUGGCUCUAUGGAAACUCCGUUGCCAGGGCCCACAAACGGCGGCUCCCUGAAGUCCCUUGACGUUUUUGUAACAAUUAGGCGACUGACCAAUGCGACGCCACUUCCGGUGUCGUAAGGGCUCUCGGAAUUCUCCUUUACAAAGAUUGCCUUUGACCCCGGAAGUGAGGUCUUCCGGGUUCCUCCCUCCCCCAAGAUGGCUGCGUCUGAAGACGAGUUAGAGCUGCCGCGGCUUCCCGAGUUGUUCGAAACCAGCCGGAAGCUUCUGGAUGAAGUGGAAGUAGCGAUUGAACCCACCGGUUCCCGGAUGGUUCAAGAUAAGGUGUUAAAGGCACUGGACCUCCUUGAGAAGGCUACCGAAAUGUUAUCACAGCUUGAUUUAUUCAGCCGAAAUGAAGAUUUGGAAGAGAUUGCUUCCACCGACUUGAAGUACCUGAUGGUGCCAGCGUUUCAAGGAGCCCUCACCAUGAAACAAGUGAACCCCAGCAAGCGUCUAGAGCAUUUACAGCAAGCUCGAGAACACUUUAUAAACUUCUUAACUCAGUGCCAUUACUAUCAUGUGGCACGGUUUCAGCUGCCCAAAACCAAGAACAACUCAGCUGAAAAUAAUACUGCUAGUUCCUCCAUGGCCUAUCCUAGCCUCGUUGCUAUGGCAUCUCAAAGACAGGCUAAAAUAGAGAGAUACAAGCAGAAGAAGGAGGUGGAGCAUAGGUUGUCUACACUGAAAUCUGUUGUGGAAAGUGGUCAAGCAGAUGAUGAACGUGUUCGUGAAUAUAACCUCCUUCAGCUUCGGAGGUGGAUUGGUAUCAGCUUAGAAGAGAUUGAGAGCAUUGACCAGGAAAUAAAGAUCCUGAGAGAAAAAGACUCUUCAAGAGAGGCAUCAACUUCUCACCCAGAGUCUCUUCAGGAGAGGCCUCCAAUGAAACCCUUCGUACUUACUCGGAACAAAGCCCAAGCCAAAGUAUUUGGAGCUGGUUAUCCAAGUCUGGCAACUAUGACAGUAAGUGACUGGUAUGAGCAGCAUCGAAAAUAUGGAGCAUUACCAGAUCAAGGAAUAGCCAAAACAACAUCAGCUGAAUUCAAAAGGACAGCUCAGCAACAGGAAGAUCAAGAAAAAAAGGAAGAAGAGGAUGAUGAGAAAACAAUCCACAGAGCAAGGGAGUGGGAUGAUUGGAAGGAUACCCAUCCUAGGGGCUAUGGCAACCGACAGAACAUGGGCUAAUCUUCCCACGACACAACAGGACUUUGGGGCACGUGCCUUCUCUGCCAAGGAAAACCGUGCCGCCUUCCCUUCCCUGGGCUACUGCUUCGGCUGUGUGCAACGAAGGCAAAGAUGCUGAAUCUUGCUUUGCGUUCAAUAAAGUGUCAAACAAUUAAGUGUGCAUUUGUACCCUAGAUAAUGACCAGUGAUCUUGUUUUGACAUUACUAAUUCUCAUCAUGGUGUAUUCCGAUUUCUUAAGUGGACAGAAAAGAGCACUGAGAAAUGGCUCUGUAUAAUCAAUGCUGUAAUGAAUUAUCUUAAAUAUAAUAAAAUCCAUUCUAUUACAUGAGGCUGUGCAGAAA